CUGACUGGUUCUUCUGAUGUUCACACAGGAGAUCAUGUUGAGACAUUCUCUACAUCCAGAGAGCAACAGCAGGGAGAUCACAGAGCUAAGAGGUCUCACCACUGCCCACAUUGUGAGGAGAUUUUCCCAAUUCUAUCAAAGCUAUCUGUAUUUCUGCACUGACUGUGGGAAGAGAUUCACAACAUCAGGGGUUCUGACAAUUCAUCAGAGAAUGCACACAGGAGAGAAGCCUUACUCUUGCUCUGACUGUGGAAAAUGCUUCACAACAUCAACUUUUCUAAAAGUUCACCAGAGAACACACACUGGAGAAAAGCCUUACACCUGCUCUGACUGUAGAAAGAGUUUCUCUAACUCGAGCUACCUAAAACAACAUGGACGUAUACACACAGGAGAGAAGGCUUACUCCUGCUCUGACUGUGGGGCGAAUUUCUCUCAACUGGUUCACUUAAAAAGUCACCAAGGUAUACAUAAAGGAGAGAAGCCUUACUCCUGCUCUGACUGUAUGAAGAGCUUCUCUCAACUGGGCUACUUAAAAUGUCACCAAGGUAUACAUAAAGGAGAGAAGCCUUACUCCUGCUCUGACUGUAGAAAGAGUUUCUCUAACUCGAGCUACCUAAAACAACAUGGACGUAUACACACAGGAGAGAAGCCUUACCCCUGCUCUGACUGUGGGAAAUGCUUCAUAACAUCAACUGUUCUAAAAGUUCACCGGAGAACACACACUGGAGAAAGGCCUUACUUCUGCUCUGACUGUAGGGCGAGUUUCUCUCAAUCGAGCCACCUAAAACAACAUGAACGUAUACACACAGGAGAGAAGCCUUACUCCUGCUCUGACUGUGGAAAAUGCUUCAUAACAUCAUCUGAGCUAAAAGUUCAUCAAAGAACACACACAGGAGAGAAGCCUUUCUUCUGCUCUUACUGUGGCAACACAUUCACAACAUCACAUUCUCUGACAGUUCAUCAGAGAGUGCACACAGGAGAGAAGCCUUACUCCUGCUCUGACUGUGGGGGGAGAUUCUCUCGACAGAGCCACUUAAAAAGACACCAACAUAUACACACAGGAGAGAAGCCUUACUCUUGCUCUGACUGUGGAAAAUGCUUCACAACAUCAUCUGACCUAACAGUUCACCAGAGAACACACACAGGAGAGAAGCCUUUUUCCUGCUCUGACUGUGGGGGGAGAUUCUCUCAACUGAGCAGUUUAAAAAAACACCAACAUAUACACACAGGAGUGAAGCCUUACUUCUGCUCUGACUGUGGAAAGAAUUUCUCCCUAUUGGAUUCCUUAAAAGCACAUGCACGAAUACAUACAGGAGAGAAGCCUUACUCUUGCUCUGACUGUGGGAAGAGGUUCUCUCAACGGAGCAACUUAAAAAUACACCAACGUUUACAUACAGGAGAAAAGCCUUAUUCCUGCUCGGACUGUGAAAAGAGUUUCUCCCAAUUGGAUAAGUUAAAUAGUCACCAGCGAAUACAUACAGGAGAGAAGCCUUACUUCUGCUCUGACUGUGGGACUUGUUUCAGCCAAAUUGAUACAUUAAAAUGUCACCAGCGUAUACAUACAGGAGAGAAGCCUUACUCUUGCUCUGACUGUGGGCAGAGUUUCUCUCAACACAGCAGCUUAAAGAAACACCAACGAAUACACACAGGAGAGAAGCCUUACUCCUGCUCUGAAUGUGGGACGAGUUUCUCUCUACAGGACAGCUUGAAAUCACACCAACGUAUACACACAGGAGAGAAGCCUUACUUCUGCUCUGACUGUGGAAAGAAUUUCUCUCGACACAGCAGCUUAAAGAAACACCAACGUAUACACACAGGAGAGAAGCCUUACUCCUGCUUUGAAUGUGGAAAGAGUUUUACAACAUCAAGUGCUCUGACAGUUCAUCAGAGAGUGCACACAGGAGAGAAGCCAUACUCCUGCUCUGGCUGUGGGGGAAGUUACUCUCGACUGGGAAACUUAGAAACACACCAUCGUACACAUACGGGAGAGAAGCCUUACUCUUGUUCUGACUGUGGUAAAUGCUUCACAACAUCAAGUGCUCUAACAGUUCAUCAGAAAACACACACAGGAGAGAAGCACACCAACAGAUACACACAAGCCAAGACUUUUGCAUAUUAAAAUCUUACGUUUUCAGGGGAUUGACAAUGGACCCGUUUUAAAGUAUCCUUUUUUGGUAACAGUUCUCUCAGACCAGCUAAGAUUAAAGUCACUCCAUCACUUAAUUCUCAUUAAAGAAGUGGUAAGUGAAUUGGAUCAAAUGAAGAAAGUGUAGAACACUACUGUAAUCCUAUUGUUUCUCACUGUGAGAGAACUGUGCAGAGGAAAAGGAGCAUUACAGAAUGUUAGCCUCUCUUUACUGAUCAGUGUGCAGCUUGUCAGUUUUUGUGUGUUUUGUUAGCUUCUACUGCAAAGAUAUUGAGAUGUCCUUGGAUUGGCCCUUAGUGUUGAAUAUCCUCUUAGGUUUCUCUUGUUGAAACAAUGUAGUCUGAUGGUUGACUGGAUGGUACUGCUUCCCUCUGUAGUUUUCUGUGUGAAUGAGCAAGUAGACACAGCAUGUGUGUGAUGAUCAGUUUUCAGCAUAUAUAUAUUAUAUACAAAUAAUGUCAAUAGAAAAACAAGUAAAAAUAAAUUAAAUGCAGCUAGUUGGCUGUUAUUCUAGCUACACGGUUUCACGUGACUGUUAGCCGUAGUUGGCUAGCUAGCGAUCAAGCAAGGGAUAAGAAACGACUUGGUCGCAUCCGUAGAUACAGAAUAAAAAUACUUUGACUGGAUCGAGUCUCUGGCAACCUAUCCAAUAGAAUGAACGGACAUCUUUUCUCAGCCAAUCAAAAUCAUGAAUCAGCGUGAUUUUUAUGGAUAUAUACAAAGAAAUGUUGAUAGAAAAACAGGUAAAACGACAUGAAAUGCAGCUAGUUUGCUGUGUUACCAGCGUCAGUUUGAAAUGAUUGUGUUUGCUGUGUAGAUGGCUAGCUUCUCUGAACAGUGUCCUGACUAGCUUCUCUGAACAGUGUCCUGACCAGAGAGCACAUUUUCUAUGCCAUGUGAAAUCCAAAACAGCUUAAACAAAUGCAGAUGCAGCUACUUUGCUGUUAUUCCAGCUGCACUGUUUGACCUGUUUUUUAAAAAUUUAAUUGGUAACCCAUUGUAUAAAAGCAAAUGUUCACUAGAGGUUCUGGACAACUUUAAAAAAAAAAUUAAUUUUAAUUUUUUUUAAGCACGGCUGUGCUGGUCUACGGUACUCUUACCUAUGACCGCAGCACAGCCGUGCUAAAAAAUUGUUUUAGUAUAGUCUGUGAUGUGCCAUCUGUAAAUACGAAUACAUUUGUUUAAAUUACGAGCCUAGUUGGUACUUCUGCAUAAGUGUUGCUCUCCACUUUUCUGGAGGACCGAGUUUGAAAUCAGUGGAAUUAGAGUAUGUUAGCUAAGGAGAUGGAGAAAACCCAUGUCUCUGGAUUACAUCUUCAAACUAAGGGCAAACA